AUGUUAUUUUUCAGUUUUUUCAAGACAUUAGUCGAUCAAGAAGUGACGGUGGAGUUAAAGAAUGAUAUUGAAAUCAAAGGUACUUUGAAAUCAGUGGACCAAUUCUUGAACUUGAAAUUAGAUAACAUUACCUGCACGAAUGGACAACGAUACCCCUACUUAGGUGCUGUGAAGAACUUAUUUAUAAGAGGAUCCAAUGUACGCUACGUUCAUAUGAAUCCAAAUAGCGUCGAUUGUACUUUAUUACAGGAUGCAUCAAGAAGAGAGGCUAUGGUUCAAGCAAGUAAAUAA